ACUGUCAGUUGAUUGGCCCAUCUGGCAGCAUUGUACUUCCUUUUAGACGGAAAAAAGUGAUUUGUGCAAGCUCUAAUAAAAAACCAUUUAUAUAGCUAAAAUAAAGUUGAAAAUGACUAGAAAUUGCAUAAAUUCUAUGCGUAACAUUGAACAAUAUCUCGCAACAGAUUGAAAGAUACAUAUUUUAUAUAUUUCCCCCCUCCUUUAAAUUGUAACAUUUCAUUUGCCAAAAUUCCGACGAAAACACAAAAAACAAGAUCAGCAGCAGCUAAACGACGACAUCAGGAGAGUCAACAAACCACGUCUCAGUCGACACAGCAGCAGCAGAAACAACAAGUGGAACGGGUAGAAGGCAAACAAGAUUUGCCAUCGACUACCACCAAAAUGAAUCGUUCGAAUAAUGCACAAACCACACAGCGACCCGUCAAUCUAGAUGACAUCUGGAAGGAGCUAGUUGAUGGUAUAUUGCAGAUAUACGAUCAUGAGAAGUCCCUAACACGUAAACAGUACAUGAGAUUCUACACGCAUGUGUAUGACUAUUGCACAAGUGUGAGUGCAGCACCAAGUGGACGGAGCACGGGCAAAGCUGGAGGCGCACAGCUGGUGGGUAAGAAGCUAUAUGAUCGCUUGGAGCUAUUUCUCAAGGAUUACUUGAGGGACUUGUUGACCAAGUUCCAGUCAAUAAGUGGCGAGGAGGUGCUGCUUUCCCGUUACACCAAACAAUGGAAGCUGUAUCAGUUCUCGAGCAAGGUGCUUAAUGGCAUUUGCAAUUAUCUCAAUCGCAAUUGGGUGAAGCGGGAGUGUGAGGAGGGCCAGAAGGGCAUCUAUAAGAUAUAUCGUCUUGCUCUCGUCGCCUGGAAGGGUCAUCUAUUCCAGGUGCUCAACGAGCCCGUGACCAAAGCGAUUCUCAAGUCCAUUGAGGAGGAGCGUCAUGGCAAACUCAUCAAUCGCGCCUUGGUCCGGGAUGUCAUUGAAUGCUACGUCGAGUUGAGCUUCAAUGAGGAGGAUGCCGAUGCCACCGAACAAAAGCUGUCGGUGUAUAAAGACAAUUUCGAGGUGAAAUUCAUUGCCGACACAUACGCUUUCUACGAGAAAGAGUCAGAUGCGUUCCUAUCGACCAACACGGUGACCGAGUACUUGAAGCACGUGGAGAAUCGCCUGGAGGAGGAGAAGCAACGUGUGCGUGGACGCAACUCAAAGAAUGCAUUGUCCUACCUGCAUGAGACAACGGCAGAUGUUUUGAAAUUGACAUGCGAACAGGUACUGAUUGAGAAGCAUCUUAGAUUAUUCCAUGCCGAGUUCCAAAAUCUGUUGAAUGCUGACCGAAAUGAUGAUCUGAAGCGUAUGUAUUCUCUGGUUGCACUCUCGCCCAAAAAUCUUGAUCAAUUGAAGAAAAUACUCGAGGAUCAUAUACUGCAACAGGGCACGGAAGCCAUUGAGAAAUGUUGCACCAGCGAUGCGGCCAAUGAUCCAAAAACCUAUGUACAAACCAUACUCGAUACACAUAAAAAAUAUAAUGCACUCGUAUUGACUGCAUUCGAUAAUGACAAUGGAUUUGUGGCCUCAUUGGAUAAGGCGUGUGGUAAAUUUAUAAAUUCAAAUGUGGUUACCAAACCGAACAAUGCCAGCAAAUCGCCGGAAUUGUUGGCCAAAUACUGCGAUCUGUUGCUCAAGAAAUCAUCGAAGAAUCCCGAGGACAAGGAGCUUGAGGAUAAUCUCAAUCAGGUGAUGGUCGUCUUCAAAUACAUUGAGGACAAAGAUGUCUUCCAGAAAUACUACUCUAAUAUGCUGGCAAAACGUUUAGUCAGUCAUACAUCGGCAUCUGACGAUGCUGAGGCAAUGAUGAUCUCCAAGCUGAAGCAAACAUGCGGUUAUGAAUACACUGUUAAGCUGCAGCGCAUGUUCCAGGACAUUGGGCUGUCCAAGGACUUGAAUUCGAACUUCAAGGAGUACCUGAAGACCCAAAACAUAACGUCCGAAAUUGAUUUUGGCAUUGAGGUGCUAUCAACCAACGCCUGGCCCUUUACGCAAAACAACAACUUUCUACUGCCCUCGGAAUUGGAGCGUUCGGUACAACAGUUUACCAUUUUCUACUCGGCACGUCAUUCGGGCCGUAAACUGAAUUGGCUGUAUCAUAAGUGCAAGGGCGAACUUAUAAUGAACGUGAAUCGCAGCAAUGUUGUCUACACGUUGCAAGUGAGCACGUUCCAAAUGUCAGUGCUGUUGCAGUUUAACGAUCAGCUCAGCUUUACCGUGCAACAACUGCGAGACAAUACACAAUCUCAGCUGGAGAACUUAAUACAGGUAUUGCAAAUAUUGCUCAAAGCCAAAGUGCUGACCUCAAGCGACAGCGAGAGUGCAUUGACACCAGACUCAACAGUGGAAUUGUUCUUGGAUUACAAGAGCAAGAAGCGUCGCAUUAACAUCAAUCAUCCGCUGAAGACUGAGCUUAAGGUGGAGCAGGAGACUGUGACCAAACACAUCGAGGAGGAUCGAAAGCUAUUGAUACAGGCAGCGAUUGUACGCAUUAUGAAGAUGCGUAAGCGUCUCAAUCAUACGAAUCUCAUAUCUGAGGUUCUCAAUCAGCUGUCGACACGCUUUAAGCCCAAUGUGCCCGUCAUUAAGAAGUGCAUCGAUAUUUUGAUUGAGAAGGAGUAUCUGGAGCGCAUGGAAGGGCAUAAGGACACCUAUAGCUAUCUCGCCUAAGUUCGUGUUUAAUAUAUAUAAAUAUCGUUCCAAAAUUAUAUUUUGCCAGCCACUAGAGAUAUCAUUGAAUAUCAAUUAGAGCCUGCCAAUUCACACCUACCUUUCCCUCCCCCAAAAAACCAACAUAUAUAAGUAAAAACAAAUACGAAAUCAUCAACCGAUUAAGGAUUAGCUACAUACAUACGCAUACACACACAUUAAAUACAUCUCCCCGCACGCAUUUCGAAUGCGUGCACAUCCUGCCGUGCAUUUGACACCCACUCACAACAUUUCAAGCAACAACAAACAACAUUUGUGCAAUCAUAAUGUAGCAGCAGGAAUUCAAGAUGAAGGGAAAGGAGCAUACAAUAUACAAGAACCAACCUGGAUGGAAAUGUGCAAGCACAGAAAGAAACGCAACGAUUCAUCAUGUAGCUUUUUUCUUUGUGUUUCGAUCAAAUUUUUUCUUAUUUUAUUUCUGUUCGUUCAUAUUUUUAUUCAUAUAUUAUAUAUAAUGCAUAAUACAUACCUACGGAGAAGACAAGUGUUAAGAUCAUAAACGAAACAAAUAUAUAAGUUUGAAGCAGUUAUUAUUAUCGUAUGUUUAAGUUUGUAUUCAAUCAUUUCACAGUGAUAUCGAAACGUUGGGAUACCUACUGUUUAUUGUAUAACUGGCAUAUGCGAACUUGACGAGCUGCGUUUCAAGUUAAAUAAACAUCGUACUUAAAUGUGUA